UCGUCGUUACGCGAUCGCGCCGCGAUCACUCGUAAAGCUCGCCUUCGAACAGCCGGGUGAUGCGGGGAUCGUGAGACGCUCGGUAAUCGUCCGUACGAUCUUCCCUGCCACGAUCCACCCCGUGAGAAUCAACCGCGUCUCCCGAAAGAGAAUUAUCGGCACCUUUCCUGCCGAUUUGUCUGAACAUUGCAGACGUCGAUCUCGACCGGCGAGGACGAAUCUUUUGCGAAAGCUUCGGCGAUGAUCGUCGCGCGAGUGCGAACGUGAUCCGCGAUCGAUCAUCCACCGAUCUCUCAGGGGGCGCCGCGCGACAGUAAGAUCGCGAGGGUAGACAAUCGAGGGAAUCGCAUCGAGUCGCUGAACCGCCGCAGGAAUCGUUCGAUCGGCAUCCCCGAGGGUGAAGAUUCGCUCGUAGAGGCACUUUCGGUCUCAACGGAUUUGCUGAAGGGGGAAAGGCAGAGAAUGGGGACGUUCGUGAGGAUCUGGGCGAUUCUCAGCUUGAUCGGAUUGUCGCGCGCCGGCAAAUCGUCCGUGGAUAUCCUGACGUCCUCCUCGAGCGGCCUGGCCGCCUUCGAGGAGGAGAAUAUCCUGCACGUGCUCUCGCGCAACAAGACCGACACGACGAAGAAUUUCACUUUCGUUGAGCUGAUUAGCAGCCUCGGCAACUACUCGAUCGACGCCGACAGAGUGAUCUGGAGCAAUGACAGGCCGGAGGCGCAUCAGACGAAUCCGUACUAUGAGGAUUUUCCGGAGGAGAUCGAUCUCGAGGCGCGCAGACUGCUGCAGAUUCUCCCGGCCUACGAUCCCGGCGCGGGACACGUGAGUGCCGAGUGCAAACGACACUCCGAUAUCUUUCACGAAGAACUCUCAAAGUUCACGCUAUGGGCCCUCAAAAUGUACGAUGCGACCGCGAAGGUGCCUUCCGGCUUGCUGAGCGGUAACGUGAAUCAGCUGGGUGACUUCGACGAGUGCAUGGACGUCGAGGGCAAGGAUGGCAUCCGAGGACAGUACUGCCUCGCGUACCUGCAGCUGGACAUCGAUCAGUCCCGGCCUGAUCUGAAGUACCUGCAUCGCCUGGUACACUCGCACUAUGCCUUCCGCAACAACAUAAGCGACCCCGGUCAUAGAGUACCACGUUUUAGCACUGUAAAUUGGGCCAUAUGUACGCCCGCGUCAUGUACAGUCGAAGACGUGCAAGCCUCCCUGCAACAUGCCAUCAUGAAGUACACGGCGCAGACCGGCCUGAAAAUCACGCUGCAAGUGAACAAGAGCAUGUGUCAAGUGAAGGAAAACCUCGUCCUGACGAAAGCGACCAUUGCAACUAGCCUUUUUUUCAUCACUGUCUUCGUCUUGACCAUCGUAGCCGCGUUCUACGAGCACUACAAGAUACCAGCGAACGAACUGCUCUUAUCGUUCUCUUUGAAGAGAAACGUUCGGAAGCUCUUUUCAAUGGAGAGACCGAAGGGUGACAUAGCGGUCCUCCACGGUGUUCGAUUUUUGAAUAGUCUUUUGCUGCUCAUAGCACACAAGAGCAUGGCACUAUUCUUUAUCCCUUACGUGAAUCGAACUUUCAUGGGCGAGUUUUUAGGUAAACCGUGGACCGUGAUAGGGAGAGCAGCCAGUCUCUACACCGAUCCAUUCAUCAUGCUGUCCGGUCUGUUAACGACGUACUUGUUCGUAGGCAGAUUAAAUAGAACCGGCAGUCUCGAUAUCAAGAACGAAUAUCUAUCGCGUCUGCUGAGACUAGUGCCGACUCUGGGAGCGCUGAUAUUGUUCUGCACCCACGUGAUGCCGUACAUCGGGUCUGGACCGCAGUGGCCGCUAGUGGUGACUCAACACGCCGACAUCUGCAAGAAGACAUGGUGGAGGAAUUUCUUAUUUAUCCACAAUUACUUCGGAUUUGAAAAUAUGUGCCUCACGCACACGCAUCAUAUCGGAAUAGACACUCAACUCUUCGCGAUUUCACCGCUGAUGGUGUUGCUCCUGUACAAGAGACCAAAGAUUGGCAUCAUCGUCCUGGCAGCGAUAGCUUCGAUAUCGACCGCAUUGAGAUUCUACGCGAUGUAUGCCAGACACCUGAACAAUUAUGUGUACUACGGCACGUCAAUAAGGCAAUUGUUCGACACCGCCGAUUAUUCGUACACGUUACCAUCGCACAGACUGACCAUCUACAUCAUAGGCAUCUUCGUGGGCUACCUGCUGCGGAAUCUACCCAAGGAUUUCAAGAUGAGCACGACAACCCUCUACACGGGUUGGACUGUGAGCACCGUAAUGUUCCUCGGGGCAUUCAUUGGGCCCUCGAAGAUGGGAUCCAUCGAUUACGUUUACAAUCCGAUUCACGCUGCUAUCUACAACGCGUUCGCGCCGAUCGGAUGGUGCAGCCUGUUCAUCUGGAUGGCGAUAACGGAGCACACCGGCAAUUCGAACUGCUUCCUAAACAGACUGUUCAGCUGGCGGGGAUUUCUCGUGACCACAAGGAUUAGCUACGCUAUUUACCUGACGCAGUUCCCGGUUUUCUUCUUCAAUGUCGGACAAACUCGCUCUGCCGAGCACUACGAGUUCUUCAGAAUGAUGCUAAAUUUCAAGGAGACGAUUUGGAUCGUGUUCAUGUCCAUAAUCCUCACCCUGCUGUUCGACUCGCCAUUCCAAAAUAUCAAGAAUUAUUUAUUGAAGAAACCGGCGACGCAUCAAAAGGAUACAACGAAGACCUCCAAAGUGGACUAAUCUCGUUUUAAUCCGAGACGAUAUCUGACCAAACGCUUUCGCGCGGACCGCGAGCUUUGUACAUAGCGUUUUCGCAUUAGCUCUAGUUUUUAAUUUUUAAUCUUUGAUAGAUAUACAGAAUCGAUGUAUAUACGAGAAAUCGCAGAGGAAUGCAAUUUAUUACGAAAAUUUAAGAAGCGAAAAAGAAAUUUUGUCGUUUUACAAAACUUAAAAGUUGAAUGAAAACACAUGUUGCAUUUCUCAUUGCGGAAAAAUAAUUAGUGGAGCAUUCAUUGCAUGAAUAAAUUAUAAAAGCGUUUUAUGUAAUUUGAUACGUCUCGUCCUAAUUUUAAUUAAAAAUUAAUAUCUCUUGUUUAAACGUUUAUAAAUUUCGUUCUGAAAGUUUUGCUAAAUUUUUGCAAAAAUCUGACAGACGCGGCUGGGCAAAGUGCAUUCUCCGUUUUUUUUUCAACAUGCUGUGUAAAAUAAAGAGCAGCAUACUUUUACACAACUUUUUCUACUUCUACAUAUAUAAGUAAUUGUACGUAAGUAACUGUAAAUAUUAGUUCUUCGUUAAUUUUCGAAUAAUUAGUAGACGUAUAAUUAGUAUAGUACACUCUUAAUAUGUAUAAAAAAUACUACUUUUCUUCUUAUAUACACUUAGGCACAAUAAGAUAUAAUAUUAUAUAAUUUAUCAUUUAUAGCCCUCGUAAAAGGAUCGAGGACGCAAUAAAUAAUUAUUUCAACAGUGAAAGAAAAACGAUAAACGAUAAUAGCGUAUAUAAUAAUAGCGUAAUAACCGCAGUAAUGUAAUUAUGUCGAAAAAUGGAUAAUAUACCAAAAAUUCGUGUAUCUGUAAUUCAGAUAAAAAUAUCUCAUUAAUGAGAGUCGAGGCGAAUAAUCGGAUAACAAUUAGUACGUACAAUAAUCGCGUUGUAACGUACGCGGCAGUAAUUAAAAAAAUUGUAUAAUUCAUUUUUUUAUUUACACGACUCUCGACGGAACGGGAGGGGUACGCGUGCUGUAACACGCGGUAUCCUCGUAAUUCUACGUCGUAUUUAAUAUAAUACUUCUAUACGAAUACCUCUUAAUUAAGGACACAACGCUCAAAAAAUUGCAGACGGUGUAAUUAUCGUCAGCGAUAUUAAAAAAACUGCGUUGUACAUAACUCUUUGUUUUAUUUACUUUCAUUGCGUACACAUUGUUCUUCACGAAUACAUUAUCUCCUCUCGAGAGAAGAAAAAGAAGAAGAAAUCUUAAUUAUCACGCAGAGUGAUUCGUAGUGGACAGGGAUAAAGGAAAUUUGGGAAAUUUGGCGUAUCAGUACAGACACAUAGAUAAAGAUACGAGUGUAACUUAAG